GCAAUCAACUCGUGGGUCGGUUUCAGUCAAUAUGGAUUUUUACUCGUGGGUCGAGGGUCGCUCGCGCGAGCCCGUCCGCGGCCUUUACCUGAACGACCUGCGUCUUGACGAGGCCUUCCUCAACGUCUCUUCACAGCUAAAUAAGUCUGUUUGGGUUUAUUCUCAGCGACAACCAUGCUACAAAUGCACGCAGUUCUCACUGAUGGGCGAACUGGCUGCCCACAACUCAACCACCUACAAGGUCAGCUCCCUGUUUGACCUGGAGAUGCUGGUGCUCAAUCAAAAUCUGGGCGACACUUUCAAUUUGCCUGAAAACGGCACAGACCACCUGGAAUGCUCAAGCAACUUGAGUUUUGGCGAAUUCGGAAUCUACGACCUCGUCGUCUCUCCUGCAAACUCUGUGACCGCGUGUCGAUCAGAAACUGUUGUUCCACCCGUCAACAUUUACCUAGCUCUGGUUGUCGUAACGUUCAUGUCACUCGCUGGUCUGCUCCUUUUAUAUGGAUUGUACAUCCUGUGGAAUAUUUAUAAUGAGAGGUUCUUGCAAAAGAAUGCAAGACACUUGGAGUGUUUAGACGCGGAGAACAACAGUACCCUUCUUGAAGAAAUACAUAACAACAACAAUACACGAAAUUCUUCCAUCAACAAAAAAGAUACCAAAACGGUCAAGUUUAAAACGAGACUGCAUUCACUGGACGUUUUCAGAGGGUGCUGCAUCAUACCACUUGUAUUCUAUUUUGGUCACAAAGGUGGUUACUUUGCGCUGGAACACGUAGUUUGGGAUGGCGUCCCCGCUGCAGAAUGGCCUUUCCCAUGUUUCCUUUGGAUCAUGAGCGUGUGCAUUCCUUUAAAGAUGAAGUCCGAUUUGGCAAAGAAAGUCCCUAAGUCACGACUAAUCUUUGAGAUAACAAAGCGAUGUGUCCUUCUGUUUGCUCUUGGAUUAAUGAUCAACAGCGUCGAUUUUGGUGUGCAACUGGAGACUAUGCGGUACUAUAAUGUUUUGCAGCGCAUUGCAGUUAUGUACCUUAUAUCCAGCAUCCUUUUUGCUUUUCUCUGGCCACGAGACUAUAAGAAAUUUUCCGGAACUUACGGGGAUUUGAGAGUUUUGCUGCCACAGUGGUUGAUCCACCUGGUCAUUCACGCAAUAUAUUUGGGUCUCGUUUUUCUUCUUCCGGUGCCUGGCUGUCCAACUGGCUACUUGGGUCCUGGUGGUUUGAGCGAAGGUGGUAAAUAUUUCAAUUGCACUGGAGGGACCCAUGGAUACGUGGACAAACUGAUUCAUGAUGAGGCCCAUUUACUACAGGCUUCCACAACAAAGGACGUUUAUAAAUUCAAUGCGUUUGAACCAGUGGGGCCCUUCAGCACCUUACCGUCCCUUUUAACGGUGAUCCUUGGAGCGCAGGCUGGCGCAAUUUUGGUCAUGCACUCGGACUGGCACAGCCGAAAGUUGCGACUUGUUAUAUGGGGUGUUGGGUGCAUCGCUCUUGGCUUGACUUUGCAUCUAAAUGAAAUCAUUCCUAUGAACAAGCAUUUGUGGAGCACAUCGUUUUCUUUGGUGACAGGAGGAGCUGCAUUUUUGGUGUUGACAGUUUUCAUGUACCUGGUUGACGUGACCAGAAUCUGGAAUGGUUUUCCUUUGCUGCAACCAGGCAUGAAUUGUUUGCUUCUUUACGUUGGAAGCAGGAUCACAGCAGAUAUGUGGCCGUGGCACUUUGCUUACGGCAAAAUGGACACGCACUUUAUGAAACUCAUUGACUCAUGCUGGAGUGUUUUCAUCUGGGUUAGCAUCUCCGUUUAUUUAUAUACGAAGAAGGUUUUGUUAACUGCUUAGAUUUUGACCAAAUAAAAAUCAAAUAAAUCUCAAAAUGAUCUUUAUGGGAAAAGGUUAUGAGUGAAACAGACUCUGUCAAUGUGUUCUGAUCAUUUUAUAGCCUUUGACGAUCUUUUAAUAAUUUAUGAUUGAUGUUUUAUUUAUAAACCAUGAAAGGAUAUCACUGUACUGUAGGGCAUUAAUUAUUUUUAUUGCGAUUCACAAUAAAUCAAAAUCGGAAAAUCUCACAACUCGUGCGUUUUUCAAUACAAAUUUACAAUAAAUAUACACAGUAUUAUGAAAUGAGUGCAACAGAAAAGGCACAAAAUAUAUAUAAAUGGUUGGUGUAUUAUUUUCGAAUUCUGUUAAAUGGUUGUUAAGAAGAGGUUGAUAAUCUCUGUGAAUUUUGUAGGAUGCGCGCUCUCAAAAUCUUAAUUAUUACGCAAAAGGUAUUCCAUCUUGUAGUCUUUAGAAUUUGAUUGUUCUAUAUUUCCAUUGUGUUAAGGUACAAAAUUCUGUUUUUGUCGAGAAUUUUCUUUGUAACUCGCGUUUUCUUCCUUAUACAAGUCGUAGGUUAGUUUUAACAGUUUGCAUAAAUGUGUUAAACUCCACACCCUUCUCUUUAUUUCUAUAUCUCAAAAUGUAUCUUUAAUAAACUUGAUGGAAAUGAAAAAAUGACUUAUGCGGUCUUCCUUAAUGUUAUUCGCCUCUGUUUAAACUACCGAGAUCAA